UUUAGGCUGCAGCCGCGCGAGCGCUUCCUUGCUUCUUCGGUCCAAGCUGGCUCGAAAGCCGAAGCCGGAAAGAAAUGGUGGCAGCUCUCAGAAACGGAAGGGCCUCCCAGAUCCUUAGCAGGUUCCUCUAUUCACCGAUUCGUCAUCUCGGGAGCACAAGCUCACUUGAAACCGUAGCCUACGAAGAAGUGAGAGCUUAUCCUGAAAAACCUUACACUUCAACUGCUGUCAUCAUCCAUGGCUUCUUGGGAUCGGGAAGAAAUUGGAGAUCUUUCUCCCGCAGUCUCGUCGCUGCUCUCUCUAAUUCCUCUCCUUCUUCAAAUUGGAGGACGGUGUUAUUGGACAUGAGGAAUCAUGGAAAAUCAGCGGACAGGAAAAUAAAUCCUCCUCAUACUAUGGAUACUGCGGCCAAAGAUUUGGCUGAUUUGGUAAAGGUCGAAGGCUGGCCUUGGCCUGAAGUUGUUGUUGGCCAUUCUAUGGGUGGAAAGGUCGUUAUGCAAUUUGCUGAGAGCUGUAGCCGGGGUGACUAUGGUAAUUCUGCCUCAUUGCCAAAACAGCUCUGGGUUUUGGAUGCUGUUCCUGGAGAAUUGAACCCUGAAAAUAGCCAUGAAGAAGCUCGGGAUGUUUUGCGGACUUUGCAAAGUUUGCCAGCUGAAAUCCCUUCUCGGAAGUGGCUUGUGAGUCAUCUGAUGGGACUAGGUUACUCCAAGUCAUUGUCAGAAUGGAUAGGUACCAAUCUAAAGAAAGCUGGUGACCAUGAGACAUGGGCAUUUGAUCUUGAAGGUGCUAAGGAGAUGUUCGAUUCUUAUUGGGAGAAGUCCUACUGGGGUCUAUUGGAGAACACCCCUAAUGGUAUGGAGAUAGUGAUUGUGCGCGCCGAAAAUAGCGACAGAUGGAACCGAGACGCGAUUGAGAAAAUUCAAAAAUGUGCUAGGCGAGGAGAAACUGAUUCGCGGGGAAAGGUUUCGCUUUGCGUUCUUCCAAAUGCAGGCCAUUGGGUUCAUGUGGACAACCCGAAGGGACUGCUUGAGAUUGUGGCUCCAAAAAUAGCAUCUCUUUAACCAUUUUUUGAAGACAUUAGGUAAGCAAACAUUGGAAAUUUUGCGUCCAAGAGGAAACUAUUAACGCCGAUGAUGAGAUUGUUCGGGCUCAUCGGUUACAAUCACUUCGUUGCCAAUAAAUGGGGUUGUAUGAAGUGUUUGUGGGCAACUUGUUUAAGUGGAAACUAUUUGUUUCUGUGUAAUAAACGUGGAAUUUUAAUGUUGAUUUGAAGUAUUGGAGGGAACCUUUUAUUUAAUAUAAUAGUGUUAUUUAUUUUCAAAUCAAA